AUGGAAGCCAACCGGACAGCUCAUGAAGAGUCUGAGCUAAUGGACAGAGUGAUGGGCUUGGUGAUCGGCGAUGCCUCACUUGUGCGACUGCAUGAUACGGUUCCAGACGAGUCCGAAAAUUGCACUUGGCCUGAUUGCGCUGCUUACUGUGCUCCAUGUGCCAAGACUAACAGAUAUUGGACAUGCCUGGGAGCCACAGCAAAGUGCCAGGAGAACUCAGAGUGUGUUUUGGGGGCAUGCUUUGCAGAGCCGGGCUUCUGCUAUGCUGAUGCAUAUCCACAGGUCGCCAAGUGCUUCAUGGGAGGUGUUCCCAAACGCCCACAAUUUCACAACAACCUCAUCCUCCGACUUGGAGCGGCGCCACCUGUGCCGUUACCAACAGAUCCUUUUGAGAAAUGGAGCCAUUGGGCUCGGUCUUGUCUUUUUAUGCCCAUCGUCUUCAUCUUUGUCACAAUAUGGAUUGCUUACAAGACGUGUUGGGUGAUUGAUUGCUCCGCAGGCGAUGAGUGUGAGUGGUUACCAGAGAGGAGGCGUUCAAUCGUGUGCUUGACGGUCGUUUGCAUGUUGCUCUUUGCAAUACUGCAGCUCUUGCGCUUUCUGUCUGUGAAAAAAGAAAUCGCCACCAUUGCCGAGCGUGUGGAGCACCUGGAAGAUUCCAUGAAGCACCUGGGCAGUAUGGCAGGAAAGCUGCUUCAUGCAGAGAGGAGCUACAAUGCCAGUCUGGUCGCUAUUCCCGAGACAUGCGGAAACCAUAACCCAUUGGCAACUCACUUAGUCGAGCUCCUUGCAAGCACACUGCAGGUCCAGUUCAACGAAGUGGAUGCUAUUCUUCUUCUCGUCAGGGAGUCGUUUACCACGUCAGAAGUGCUGCUGGACAAAGUUAGGGAAAUAGUCAAGCAGACUGGCUGGAAAAUAAUCUAUUAUCCGUUUAUUCCAAGCUUCAUUCUGACUGGUGGUGUUUUCGCGAUCUUGGCGACAGCGUGCUAUAUCUGGAAUCAGCCCAAACUGCUGUACGCCCCGCGCAUGCAGCUCGCGCUCAAGUCGUUUGCCCCGAUUAUCGUGAUGUUCAUGCUAGCUGCUGGCAUGUUUGGUGCUGGUGCGUUCUUUCUGUCUGUGAUCGUUAGUGGCUACUGCUUACAAGUGGACGACAACAUGGUCCAGGCGCUCCAACGGCUCGACGUUUCCGAAAUGGUCCACGAGAAGUACAAGGUAGACGCCAUUCUCCAGCACAUGGGGGCCUACUACAUUUACGGCACCAACGUGAAUCCCUUGGCCACUCUUGUGGCUAACUUCGAAGCGGCCCUCUACUCUGUGCUACGUUUCUACUCCUUGAUCAGCUGGGUUGUGGAUGCCGGUGCGCUGACCUGUCCAGGACUCAGCAAAAUCAGCCCAGAGCCUCUGGUCCAUUCCUUCCUCAAUAGCACUCACACCGCCUACGAUUUCUUCCACGCAAAGAAUAUUUGGCCAUACUACCACCAGAUUGUGCAUGUCUCUAUUUGUGCUCACUCUCCAUGGAGCAAUAUGCUCUUCGUGCUGAUGGCCAUGCUGGUUGGCUUUGGCUUCUGCCCUGCGAUUGCCAUCGCCAUCAGCAACCAUUUGAAGCGCAUCGGCUUUGAGCUCCGCAGACGCGACAGCAAGCUUCUGCAAUUGCGCGAUCAAGGUGAGGAUUUGCGACAGAUCGACGAAUCUGGCAUUGCCAUUGAGCAUCGGCUGGAUCGACUAGAUGCUCGCGGGCAGGUCACGGUCCUCGACUCCGUGAUGAGCUCCCGUCCGGAGGAGGUGCAGAAAGAACUCAGGGAUCUCGGCUGGAGGGAACUGAGGAUGGAGGCAGGCAAUGGCAAUCAAGAUGAAGAUGACGACGAGGACGAGGACGAGACCGAUGACAGUCAGCUGCUGGUUGCCGGAGCUGCCGGCCGACCGGACAUGCAGGAUAAGCGGCUGCUGAUCCAGGUCUUCGACGCACACGAAGAAGCGCGGUACCGGUUUGCUCGGGACUACGAGGCUGAGCGGCUGGCACUCUACGCCAACUCUGUGUUCUGCCUGGCAAUGCCCGGCGACGAUGCUCUAGCAGAAAACACACUUGACAAGCCGCCGGGACCAGGUGCUUGGCCUGGGCGGAAUGUCUUACAGUGGUUUGGCGACACUGACCCCGAAUGGGCCACCAGCCCGCAGCCGCAAGCCCGCCGGAGUCGGAGCGCUGGGUGCCACCGGGCGUCGAGUGGCGCGACCGAGCGACGAAGCCUCGCCGACAGGUCGCCCCGGUGGCAGUCCAAGCCGAGCUUUAGCCAAUCUGGCUCCUCUCCACAGGCCCUGUGA